AUGGAAAUAAAGGAUAACGAAGGCUUCAAGAUGCUCUCCAGACAAAUACAAGGUGCUGCCAAACAAGGACUCAAAUUUGCAAACAGACAGGCUGGAUGGGGAUGUGGAUUGCGCAGUUUCCACAGCUCACAUGCUGCUUGCAAAGUGGACAUUCCUGCAGAAGAGAAAUGUCGUGAGCUUUUGGACAAACUUCCAGAUUAUGAAUACAUUUUCCAAAACGAGGAUGGUACGAAGAGGACACCAUCGGAGGGAGAGUUGAAGACUAUUGCUUACUUGAACACAUACUCAGACGAAAGGGUGUUGAACUGGCUAGAGAUCUUCACGUACCCAAGGAAAUACAAAGACGUGUAUUUACAAAAUGACAAAGAUUUGGGAAAAUUGAAGGCCAGCUCUGGAUUGAUCAUUGACAAGAUUCCUUAUGAGGAUACUGCAACGGGAGAGAUCAAGUGGAAGAUUGUUAGAGACAACGAAACCAAAGAAGGAUGGGAGAAUAUUGCGCACUAUUUGUUUGUGCCCGCAUUCUGCCUUCUUGCAAUCACUUUGUUCUGGAGGGAUGAUAUGGACGUGACCGAAUGGGCCAAGAGAGAAUUACUUUACAGAGUCAGAGAGAAAGCCUCCCAAGAGGGUGAUACCGAGGCUUUAGAGGCAUUCAAGAAGUAUGGAGAUAAGCCAGAAAGUUACGAGUUUGAUUUGGCUGGCUUUGACAAGAACGACGAUGUCAUUGUGGAGAGAAUCUUGUCAGGUGAGUACGACAAGAUGGCCAAAUUGAAGGUGAAACAGCAUCAUCAGUGA